CGGUUACGGAAGCUCCUAGGGGACAAUCCUGUGGGCGGAAGUGCAGGUAUAGUUCCUGGAUGGGCCGAGGAUCCAGGAUCAUGUCCACGCCGCGGCUCAGCGGCAGCCCGCGGGGCGGCGGACUCGCGCCGUGGCUGGCAGUGACCGUGUCGGUGGUGGGCUCGGCGGCGGCGGUGGCUGCUGCGGGCUCCGUGUGCGCGCUCAUCUACCCGGUGCUGAGAGAGCUGCGAGCAGAGAGGCAGACAGGAGGCAAUGAGAGCGAGGAAAGGAUACUUGGUUUCUGGAGUAUCUUGGUGAUUUCAGCCAUUGCAGGGGGCAUGUCCUGCAUCUUCUCCUGGAUCCUCACGUACCUGGACUCGCACCAGUUCCCCAGCCUCCCGUCGCUGCCUGAUUUCAGAGACGCCUCCAGACAUGGGUUCAACAUGAGCUAUGGGCUGGCUGUUCUGAACGGCAUCAUGGCCAUGCUCACCGUCAUCUGGAGCCUCUCCUGAGGCCUUUCCUCCCAGCUGCACUGAGACCUGAACACAACACGCUUUGAGAAGUCCACAGGCAUCAAGUAACUCCAUCCCUUGGAAUGUUGCUGUACUCACUGUGCGUUACACCAGAGGGAUGGAAUCCCUCUGGCCUCAGAGCUGGAAUAUUUGAGAACCUGGAGCUAUUGCAGUUAUAUAAUAUAAUCAUGAACCGUUUUUUUGCCAUUCAUCAUUGCUGCAUAUAUAUAUAUAUAUAUAUAUAUAUAUAUAUAUAUAUAUAUAUAUAUAUAUAUAUAUAUAUAUAUAUAUAUAUAUAUAGGACUGUGCCUCACAGUCCUAUAGAGUUUCUCCAAUCAAUCAAUCAAUCAAUCAAUAAACCUUAUCUCUGCCCCCCCCCCCCCCCACCCCUUUUGUAUUAUUA